AUGAGGUUGCGUUGGCCUUAUCACAUCUACUCCUUUGGGACACUGUUCCCCUUCUGGAUACUCUAUGUGUCCUGUACCAACAAAUGUGUUAUUAGACACGAGGUAGCUGACUGCAGUCAUCUGAAGUUGACUCAAGUACCUGAUGACCUUCCAGCAAACAUAACGGUGUUGAAUCUUACCCAUAAUCAACUCAGAAAAUUACCACCCGCCAAUUUCACAAGAUACAGGCAACUCACUGUAUUGGAUGGAGGAUUUAACUCCAUUUCGAAACUAGACCCAGAUCUGUGCCAACAACUUCCGUUGUUGAAAGUUUUGAGCCUCCAGCACAAUGAGUUAUCUCAUCUUUCUGAUAAAACUUUUGUUUCUUGCUUGAAUUUGCUUGAACUCCAUCUAAUGUCCAACCCAAUCCAGAAAAUUCAGAAUAACCCCUUUAUAAACCUGAAGAAUUUAAUCAAGUUAGAUCUAUCUCAUAAUGGUUUAUCAUCGACUAAAUUAGGAACUCAGACCCAACUGGAAAAUCUCCAAGUGCUUCUGUUAUCAAAAAAUAAAAUUCAUGCAAUAAGAGGUGAAGAAUUUGAUUUCCUUGGGAACUCUUCCAUAAAAACAUUAGACUUGUCAUCAAAUCCAAUUAAUGAGUUCUCUCCAGGGUGUUUUAAUGCAAUUGGAAAAUUAUUUGGCCUCUCGCUGAACAACGUCCAAUUGGGCCCUAGUCUCACAACAAAACUCUGUUUGGAAUUAUCAAACACAAGCAUUCAGCAUCUGUCUCUGAGCAACGUCCAGAUGAACAGAAUAAACAGCGCGACUUUCGCUGGGCUAAACCACACAAAUCUCACCACGCUUGACCUUUCCCACAACAGCUUAAGUGUAAUUGGUAACAGUUCUUUUGCUUGGCUAAGCCGCCUAGAAGAUUUCUCCCUGGAGUUUAAUAAUAUAGCUCAUUUAUCUUCUCACUCUUUUUUUGGACUUUGCAGUGUGAGAUACCUGAAUUUGAGACAGUCUUUUACUAAACAAGGUAAUUCCCUUGCUUUGCUUCCCAAGAUUGAUGAUUUUGCCUUUCGGUGGCUAGAAGAUUUGGAGUAUCUUGACAUGGCAGAUAACAACUUGCCAAACAUAGGGAGCAAUAUGUUCACAGGACUGAUAAAGCUGAAAUACUUAAGUUUAUCUAACUCUUUUGCAAGUUUGCAAACGUUAACAAAUGAAACAUUUCUGUCACUUGAUCAUUCUCCUUUACUAUUACUCAACCUAACCAAGAAUAAAAUCUCCAAAAUAGAAAGUGGUGCUUUUUUACAGUUGGGCCACUUACACGUCCUUGACCUCGGCCUGAAUGAAAUUGGGCAGGAACUCACAGGCCAGGAAUGGAGAGGUCUAGAAAAUAUUGUUGAAAUCUACCUUUCCUACAACAAAUAUCUACAACUGAACAGCAACUCUUUUGCCUUGGUUCCAAGCCUUCAAAGACUGAUGCUCCGAAGGGUAGACCUUAAAAAUCUGCUUAGCUCUCCUUCACCUUUUUAUCCACUUCAUAACUUGACCAUUCUCGAUUUAAGCAACAACAACAUGGCCAAUGUAGAUGAGGACCUGUUCGAGGGCCUUGAGAAACUAGAAAUUCUGGAUUUGCAGCAUAACAAUUUAGCAAGGCUCUGGAAACAUGCAAACCCUGGUGGUCCUGUUCAGUUCUUAAAGGGUCUUUCUCGCCUCCACAUCCUCAACUUAGAGUCCAAUGGUUUUGAUGAGAUCCCAACAGAGGUCUUCAAGGACUUAGUUGAAUUAAAGAGCCUCAAUUUAGGGAUGAAUAAUAUAAAUAUCCUGCCACCCUCUGUCUUUGAUAAUCAGAAGUCUCUAAAGUCAUUGAACCUUCAGAAGAAUCUCAUAACAUCAGUUGAGAGGAAUGUUUUUGAGCCAGUUUUCAAGAACCUGAGUAAUUUAGACAUGCGCUUUAAUCCAUUUGACUGUACAUGUGAAAGUAUCGCCUGGUUUGUUAACUGGAUGAAUGCUACCCACACCAAUAUCGUUGAGUUGUCAAGUCACUAUCUCUGCAAUACUCCACCUCAGUAUCAUGGUUUCUCAGUGAUGCUCUUUGAUACAUCACCCUGCAAGGACAGUGCACCCUUUGAGCUCCUUUUCAUGAUAUGUACCAGCACCCUGUCUGUUUUUAUCAUUAUCGUUCUGCUUGUCCAUUUUGAAGGCUGGAGGAUAUCUUUUUAUUGGAAUGUUUCAGUGCAUCGAGUUCUUGGUUUCCAAGAAAUAGACAAACAACCCGAGCAGUUCCAAUAUGCGGCUUAUAUCAUUCACGCCCAUAAAGAUAGGGAUUGGGUCUGGGAAAACUUCUCCCCAAUGGAAGAAAGAGAUCAAACUCUCAGAUUUUGUCUGGAAGAAAGGGACUUCCAGGCAGGUGUACUUGAACUUGAAGCAAUUGUUAACAGCAUCAAAAGGAGCAGAAAAAUUAUUUUUGUCAUAACACAACAUCUACUAAAAGAUCCAUUAUGCAAAAGAUUCAAGGUGCACCAUGCAGUUCAGCAGGCUAUUGAACAAAAUCUGGAUUCUAUUAUAUUGAUCUUUCUUGAGGAGAUUCCAGAUUAUAAACUGAACCAUGCGCUUUGUUUGAGAAGAGGAAUGUUUAAGUCUCACUGCAUCUUGAACUGGCCAGCUCAGAAAGAACGGAUAAAUGCCUUUCAUCACAAGUUAGAAGUAGCUCUUGGCUCCAGAAAUUCAGCACCUUAAAUUUACAUGAAGACUAAAAUGAACAAAGAUGUGAAUUUCAAAAAGUCCAAUUUAAGUUUUAUUUGAAAAUGAUGGUGAAUCUACCUGUUCAUGUUUAUAUGUGAGAGGCUGAUGUCACAAAUAUCAACCUUUUACAGAAAUAGAUCUCAUUUAGGCCUUUAGUUACCAAUUGACUUGUCUAGACCCAAAAUAAA